GUUUUAAGGUCCCCCAGUGAAAACGUUUUGAAAAAGUAGGGGAUAGAAUUUCGGGGGAGUGAUUUGUUGUAAUCAGAAAAAUGACAUCGGUCGUAGACGUCGCUGUCGAACAGAAUGGAAAUACCACAAAGAUGAUAUUCUACCCGCUGGUGUUGAUAGCAUCAGCGGUAUGGUUGUACCACCGAUGGCACAUGCAGUCAAGGAUGUCCAGGAUGGGCAAUAUGCUCCCAGGACCGACAGCUCUCCCGUUAUUCGGAAACGCCCUAAUGGCUCUAUUUAAAAAGCCUGAACAAUUCAUUAAACUUGGUUUUGAAUACGGUGACAAAUAUGGCUACGUGGUUCGUGGCUGGUUGGGUUCAAAGCUGAUCAUCUUUCUCGCAAACCCAGAAGAUGUCGAAGUUAUAUUGAACAGCCAAGUGCAUAUUGACAAGGCUUCGGAGUAUAGAUACUUUGAGCCUUGGCUAGGAGAAGGGCUUCUUAUCAGCUCAGGUGCUAAAUGGCGCUCACACAGAAAAAUGAUCGCUCCUACAUUCCAUAUAAAUAUCCUGAAAUCUUUCGUCGAUGUAUUCAACCAAAACAGUAAGAGUGUGGUUGAGAAGAUGCGGUCUGAAAUUGGGAAGACUUUUGAUGUUCACGACCACAUGAGUGGCGUUACAGUUGACAUCUUAUUGGAAACUGCAAUGGGCAUUACUAAAAAGACUCAGGAUCAAUCAAGCUUCGAUUAUGCGAUGGCUGUGAUGAAAAUGUGUGAUAUUAUCCACCAGAGGCAUUAUAAAUUCUGGUUGCGACUGGACAGUAUUUUCAAAUUCCACCCACUCUACAAAACACAGCAGAAACUUUUGGACAUUAUACAUGGACUUACUAAUAAGGUCAUUAAGCUGAAAAAGAAAAUCUACCAAGAAAACAAAGCUAAAGGUAUAAUCCCACCCAGUCUGCAAGAGUUGACUGAUGGCAGGGCUCUCAAUAACGAUACUGUUUUAGCGAACAAUGCUAAAACUCUGUCAGAUACAGUCUUCAAAGGCUACCGUGACGAUCUGGACUUCAACGACGAAAAUGACGUCGGUGAGAAAAAACGAUUGGCCUUUUUGGAUCUGAUGAUUGAAUCAGCUCAAAACGGUACCAACCAGAUCAGUGAUCAUGAGAUUAAAGAAGAAGUUGACACUAUUAUGUUCGAGGGACACGAUACUACUGCAGCUGGGUCUAGCUUCGUACUAUGCCUCUUGGGUCUUCACCAGGAUGUACAAGCCAAAGUUUACGAUGAGUUGUACCAGAUCUUCGGUGAUUCCGAUAGGCCCGCCACCUUCAAUGACACUCUACAAAUGAAAUACUUAGAGCGUGUGAUCCUUGAAACUCUUAGAAUGUACCCACCUGUACCUAUUAUUGCUAGAGAAUUGAAGAACGACGCUAAAAUCGUAACCAACAACUACGUGUUGCCUGCGGGAGCUACCAUAGUUAUAGCAACGUACGGCAUCCACCGCCACCCGCAACACUACAAGGACCCUGACACCUUCAACCCAGACAACUUCCUUCCUGAGAACAUGGCUAACAGGCACUACUACAGCUACAUACCCUUCAGCGCUGGACCCAGGAGUUGUGUCGGACGCAAGUACGCUCUUCUAAAACUGAAGAUUCUGCUGUCAACCAUCUUGAGAAACUACAAAACAAUUUCUGACAUUCCUGAAGAGGAUUUCCAGCUUAAGGGAGAUAUCAUUCUGAAGAGGUCGGAUGGGUUCAGGAUCAGAAUCGAACCAAGAGUAAGGGUCCCAUCCAACGCAGCUUAACUUAUUUGUAAAACUUGAUACAUAAACAUACUUAAAUAGGUUGUUUAAUUGUGGUCGAUGUCAAGACUAUUAGAGCUAAGCCUGAUUUUUUAUAUUAUCUUUAACCAGAAUGAAAACUAAUUUAAAUCACCAAAAAGGUCGAUAAUACCAGAAAAAUAGAUAAGAAGAAAAUGUGGAUAUCACAAAAACCUUGAAAAAUUAAAUUUAUCAAAAAAAACUUUUUUAAAAUAUUUUUUAUUUAACGGAAACUUGUAUUUUUUAAUUUA